AUGAGGCGGCAGAUAUUUGCACUUGUGGCAAUCUUCCCAUUCCUCCGCCCCCUUCCAACCGCCUUCACCUGUCACACCUCUGACAACCCGUACCUGUUAUGUCUCUUCUAUUCCAUUACUUCCCCCCACCACCACUCCCUGCAAAAAACACACCUUGCACUUUCUCUUGGCUCUUCCUCCUUCUCAGCAAAUGUGGGCGAGUUGGUUCUGUUGAGUGAUGAGUUAGCAUUGCAUCUUUCUUUUCCUCUCUCUCUCUCUUUCUUUUCCUCUCUCUCUCUCUUUCUUUUCUCUCUCUCUCUCUUUCUUUUCCUCUCUCUUUCUUUUCCUCUCUCUCUCCUUUUCCUCUCUCUUUCUUUUCCUCUCUCUUUCUUUUCCUCUCUCUUUCUUUUCCUCUCUCUUUUUUUUCCUCUCUCUUUCUUUUCUCUCUCUUUCUUUUCCUCUCUCUUUCUUUUUUCUCUUUCUUUUCCUCUCUCUUUUUUCUCUCUCUUUCUUUUCUCUCUCUUUCUUUUCCUCUCUCUUUCUUUUCUCUCUUUCUUUCCUCUCUCUUUUCUUUUCCUCUCUCUUUCUUUUCCUCUCUCUUUCUUUUCCUCUCUCUUUCUUUUCCUCUCUCUUUCUUUUCCUCUCUCUUUCUUUUCCUCUCUCUUUCUUUUCCUCUCUCUUUCUUUUCCUCUCUCUUUCUUUUCCUCUCUCUUUCUUUUCCUCUCUCUUUCUUUUCUCUCUCUUUCUUUUCCUCUCUCUUUCUUUUUCUCUCUCUUUCUUUUUCUCUCUUUCUUUUCUCUCUCUUUCUUUUCUCUCUCUUUCUUUUCCUCUUUCUUUCUUUUCUCUCUCUUUCUUUUCUCUCUCUUUCUUUUCCUCUCUCUUUCUUUCCUCUCUCUCUUUCUUUCUUUUUUCCUCUCUUUCUUUUCCUCUCUCUUUCUUUUCCUCUCUCUUUCUUUUCCUCUCUCUUUCUUUUCCUCUCUCUUUCUUUUCCUCUCUCUUUCUUUUCCUCUCUCUUUCUUUUCCUCUCUCUUUCUUUUCUCUCUCUUUCUUUUUUCUCUCUCUUUCUUUCUCUCUUUCUUUCUUUUCCUCUCUCUUUCUUUUCUCUCUUUCUUUCUCUCUCUUUCUUUUCCUCUCUCUUUCUUUUCUCUCUCUUUCUUUUCCUUUUCUUUCUUUUCUCUCUUUCUUUUCCUCUCUCUUUCUUUUCUCUCUCUUUCUUUCCUCUCUCUUUCUUUUCUUCUCUUUCUUUUUCCUCUCUCUUUCUUUUCUCUCUCUUUCUUUUCUUUUCUUUCCUCUCUCUUUCUCUCUCUUUCUUUUUCUCUCUUUUUUCCUCUCUUUUUUUUCCUCUCUCUUUUUUUCUUUUCCUCUCUUUUCCUCUCUGUCUCCCCCCCCUCUCUGUCUUCCCUUCAUCCCUCUUUCCCCGCCCCCCUCUCAGACAGGGACAUAUUUUCCAAUCUGCAGCCUCUUUCUCAGUCACAAGCCACAGCCUCUUUCUCAGUCACAAGCCACAGCCUCUUUCUCAGUCACAAGCCACAGCCUCUUUCUCAGUCACAAGCCACAGCCUCUUUCUCAGUCACAAGCCACAGCCUCUUUCUCAGUCACAAGCCCAGCCUCUUUUCAGUCACCAAGCCACAGCCUCUUUCUCAGUCACAAGCCACAGCCUCUUUCACAAGCCACAGCCUCUUUCUCAGUCACAAGCCACAGCCUCUUUCUCAGUCACAAGCCACAGCCUCUCUCAGUCUGAAGCCACAGCCUCUUUCUCAGUCACAAGCCACAGCCUCUUUCUCUCACAAGCCACAGCCUCUUUCUCAGUCAAGCCACAGCCUCUUUCUCAUGCACAGCCUCUUUCUCAGUCCAACCACAGCCUCUUUCUCAGUGCCUCUUUCUCAGUCACAAGCCCAGCCUCUUUCUCAGUUGAGGUUUCUUUAA